GGCUUUCCGCGUCACCACACAGUAAACCACGCCCAGUCAGCUGUUUCCUAAGUAUUCGCAAAGGUAAAACUUUCACCGAGGCGUUUGAUUGCAUUUUACACAGGGUUUUGCGGUAUUUGGGAGGUUAUUCCCGCGUCUUUAACCUCAUUGGCAGUCAUGUCACUAGCAGAUCAAAGCCAACAGUGGUAUCCAACAAGCGUACAGGUAACGGUGCUUCAGGCAAGAAACCUGAGGAUAAAGGGGAAAAAUGGCACCAACGACGCUUACGCCAUCAUGCAAGUGGCCAAGGAGAAAUUCGCCACCUCUGUGGUGGAGAAGACCGUGUCCCCGAUGUGGAAAGAGGAGGCCACGUUCGAUCUGCAGCUGUUCCAUCACGGUAACACAGAGCGCUGUACAUUGCACGUCAACGUAAUGCACCGGGCUCUCGUGGGACCAGACAAGUUGCUCGGACAAGCGGUGGUCAAUCUGUUGGAGCUAAACGCAAUACAAUCCCGCAGUAAAACUGAGUGGUUUCAGUUGUUGGAUAAAGCUGGCAAACCAGACAAAGACAGAGGUGAGGUACUGGUGGACAUCCAGUUCAUGAGGAACAACAUGACCGCCAGCAUGUUUGACCUCUCCGCAACUGACAAACCACGCUCCCGCCUGGGCAAACUCAAGGACAAGGUCCGGGGCAAGAAGAAGGAAGGCCUCUCGGACUCCGCAUCUGCUGUGGUGCCCGCCUUCACCAAGGUCCUGACUGACAGCGAGGGGGAAGGAGAGCUGGAGGGAGAUGGGGCCGCAGACAAGGAAGGAAAGAAGAAGAAGAAACACAAGUUGAAGUCGCUGUUCUCCACCAAGUCGAACUUGCAGAGGAACGUGUCUCAGUCGAUGUCUGUCCUGGGCCCUCUGCCAGAGAGAAACUCUUCUCUGACUGGUAGCCGAUCUUCAGGCCUCAACAUAGACUCCUCAGAGGGUAAAAAGAAAUUUAAGUUCCUGACCCAUAAGCGCACAGGCAGCUCCGACAGUAAGGGUUCCCAAGGCUCCACCUCUAUCCUGGGGCGUUCCAGACAGGCCUCGACAUCGUCCGCAGACCAGAGCAACUUGUGCAUCAAUGGCAGUCACGUAUACACCGAGGAGCCCCAGCCUCGCAGCUCCCGGGCAGGCUCCACCUUCAGCCUGGCCAGCUCAGGCCAUGGCUCCAUGGAGGACCUGCGCAGGUACCAGGGCCGCAAGAGCUCCGUGGACUCCCUGAAGGCUGGGAAGCAGUCUUUCCCGUGGGAGGAAGAGAGCAUCGGGGAUCGAGAGGAGCAGGAGGAGGAAGGGGUUGAAUUGGAGAGGGAGAGGAUGAGGGUGGAACAGCUGCUGAGGAGGAAGCUAUUGGACGAGGAACAAAGGGUGACGGAAGAGGAACAGAAGAGGGUGAGAGAGUUAGAGGAGGAAGACCGAAUGAGAAGGUUGGAGGAGGAAGAGAGUAUCCGAAGCAUUGAGCAGGAGAGGAGACGACUAGAGGAGGAGGAAAAAAUGAAGGAGGAGAGGGAGAGGGGGGAAGAGAAAGAGAGAAUUAGAAGGGAGGAGGAAGACAAGAUAAAAAUUAAAGAGCAAGAAAGGAAGAGGGUCAAGGAGGAAAACAGGAGGAUUGAAGAGGAGGAGAGAAUUAGGAAGGAGCAAGACCAGAGGAAAGUUCUGGAAGACGCAGAAAAGAUUCGACUUGAGGAAGAGGAGAGAGCUGCGGAAGAGAGGAAAAAGACAUUCAUGGAAGAGGAGGCAAGGAGGGUGAGACAGGAACGCGAGGAGGAGGAGGAGAAGAUCCGAGAGCAAGAGAGGUUGUUUGAAGAGGACAGAAAGAAGAAGGAGGAGGAACUUUUAAGGAGAGAGGAAGAGGCACGAAUGGAGCGAGCGGAUAGGCUGAGAGGUGAGAUGGAAGAAAGGAAGCACGAUGAGGAGCAGAGAAUUAGGAGGGAGGAGGAAGACAAACUGAGAGCGGAGGAAGACGAGAGAAAGACCAGGGAACAGCAAAGACUGGAGAGGGAAAUGGAGGAGAAAAGGAAGGAGGAGAGAGAGAGCGUCAUACGGUUAGAGGAAGAGAGGUCGAAGGAGGAGGAAAGCAGGAAGUUUGAAGAGAAAAGCAGGAAGGAACAGGAAGAGAAAAGGAGGGCGGAAGAUCAAAAGAUGAGAGGGAUGGAGGAGAGGGAAAGGGCUAGGUUGGAGGACGAGCGGAGAAAGGAAGCAAACUUGGAGAAGGAGAGGAGGAUGAGAGAAGAAGAGGAAGGGGAACCACAGGAGCAGGAGAAGAUUAGGCUGGCUGUGGCUGAGAAACGGAUGGUUCUUCAAGAUAGAGAGGGGGAGGCCCUGGUGGGCAAAAACCCAUUUGAAGAAGUCCCUUCUGAAGAUCCAUUUGAAGACAUUUCCACAACGAAUCCCUUUGAGGAGCCCUCUACUGCACACUCUACUGAACCCCUCAACCGUACAACAAAGAUUUCAGCGGUCAAGCCAAGUUCCACCUCAUGUUUGACCCCUCCCAAGCCAUUAGUAUCCUCCAACCCUUUCUUCACUCCCUCUGAAGUUGAAGGCCCCACGACUCCCCCUAUUGGCCACCAGGGUGUCAAAACGUCUCCAGACUCAACUGCAAGUCUGAUGGAAAAGAAACGACAAGCUCCUCUGCCCCCCGACAGCCUGUGUAUGCCUCACAGCUCCAAUGUUGCCACAGCUCGCCAACCCCACGCCAAGACCACCAAACCAACCCUUACAAGUCACUCUGCCAUGGAGGUGGUGGGAAAAACAGAUUCCCGUCAAUCCACGGGCGGUGUUUGUCUUGACCGAUGCAGCGCCCUGCAGGACAGGCGACCAGCUCCUCAGCCCCCAGACAGCCUGAGAGGAACGCCAGGGACUCAGAGCCAGAUACAGAAGGAUCUGAGGAGCACCGUAGAGAUGCUGGGCACGAACGACAGACCUGGAGAAGAAAGGGAUGCCUCAAACUCCGGGGCUUCUUCUCUUUGUGCAGUGGAGAUGAUUGCUCCUUUGAAAGCCUCCACUACAGCUAUGAGAGAGGAAUCCAGGGGGCUGCAAGGCCAGGGCUUUUCUCACCAUAGAAACCAAUUUAUUGACGUCAGUGACAUCCCAUCAGCCAUUGGGGGCUUUAGAGCGGCCAAAAAAGGUCCAGCCCCCUCAAGGCCUGAUUCAUCCUGUCAAAGUGAGAAAACGAAAUAUGAUGAAAACCCAGCAAAUGUUCAGAAACACAGUUCGAUGGAACCCUCCAUGGAAGACUACCCCUCUAAUGGAUCUCCUGUAGUAUUUGAAAUCAAUUCCAUUGCAGGGUCUGGAAGAGAGACCCAGAGCCAUAAAUUAUGUGACAAUGGAGGGAGUCUGCAGUCUCGUAACAAGAGUUCUCAUUCCAUAAAUGAAGAAGUCACCCUUCCCAAGUCCUUGAAGGUGUUCCAUGCUCCCAUGCCUCCAGUCAAGAUGAUGGCCGUCUCUACGGUGAGCUUGGAAACCCCACAAAACUCAAGGGCCCCUGCAUCUGGCAUGGCUGUAAACAAACAAGCCAACAACACCGAUGGGGAACAACCUGUGAAUAUAAUCACCCAGACCCAAUGUUUUUCUCACUCGGAGAUCCUGGAGGGAUCCCUGGGCAAAACUCCUGAGCCCCCGCAGGCGAUGUAUGGCCAGGGCACUUGUCCGCAGGCCAGGUCACAACCGUGUGAGGCCAAGUCCUUGGAAUCCCAUUCCCAGGGAGGAGAGGAGGUGGGAAGAAAGGGAGGCAAGCCUGCCUCCGCCUCACGCAGGCCCCAUCCAGUGAAGCCCUUGAACUCCUCGGAGCAGCAGCCUGUCUCGAAUAUCCAGGGGGGACAACCAGAGAAAUCCAAAGCAAUCUCGGGUAGUAUUCAAGAAAAGAUCAAGGUCCAGGAGCCUGGGGUGAAGGGUCCGUACUCCCAGCUGACCCAGGAGGAGCUCAUCUCUCUGGUGGUUAAACAGCAGAAGCAAUUGGGUGACAGGGACAAGAAGAUCAAAGAGCUUGAGCAGUACAUUGACAACCUGCUAGUGCGGGUCAUUGAGGAGGCACCUUGCAUCCUGAUGUCCCUGAACUCUCCUAAACCGUAAAAAAAAAAUUGUAUAUAUAUGGGAUCAGUGUAUUACUGGCAUAUUCCAAACAAAUCAAACUAAGACGUGCGCUUCCAAAAUCAUACUCUGUGUCAUUUUUAUUAGACUUGUUUAAGUGCCUCAACUGAAUUUUCACCUUUUCUAUUGAAUACCCAACUGUCACGUGGUGCUCUUUCCUUUGUAAAUACUGUGCUCUUCUGAUUGAUUUUAGAAAAAUCUUCUGAAUGUCUUGCAAACCUACACAUAAGACAGAACUGUUACUACUGGUUGUUGAUGCUAGAAUCAUCCUAUUAUGAAGAAGUUAAUUUUUUCUCUUCACCUCAUUGUCAUGUUUCUUGAAAUGUAUAGUUUUAACUGAUCCAGAAAUGGCUUACAUGUCAUGACCGAGUUUUCACAUUGUAUUCUUUUCUUGCUAUGAGGUUUUUGUGGAACAAAAAUGCACUUAAUCAUGAAUACGUUUGUGGGUUACAAUACAUACAGUACAACAAGUGUUAUGUUCAACUACUGUAACUUCUAAAUUGAGGUAAUGAGACUCGAAAUUGUCAAUUAAAUAAAAAUGCCCAUGUUGGCUUGCAUAAUAAAUUUGCACAUGAUUUAUGA